AUGUCCAUCCGCGUGCAGCUGACGAUGUUGAGUGGCCGCUCUGAAGAGGUUGAGGUGACAUUAGAUGGCACGGUGAAUGACUUACGCAGACUGGCACAGGCAAGGGAGGUGACCUUUAGUCUUGGCGUCAGUAAGUUGAUGGCAAAGUGUGGCGAACUGAACGAGCGGAACAGCAUUGCUGAGUCAUUGGAAGAUGGAGAUGUUGAAACUUUCACCACCAGUUCAGACGUGCGUCUCGUGUGGCACUCCGAUGGAUCGCUACGGGUGGCUGGCAAUCCGCUGUUGGGCGGUUUCCACCCUUCCCACAUCGAGCGCCUGUCGCAGGUCGAGGCCUUGGCAUUCACCCACGGAGCGGUGGCGGCUGUUUGCUUUGAUGGAUCAGUGCUGGCCUGGGGCCAUCGCAGCUACGGCGGAACGGUGCCGGCAGUGCUCCACGGUGAAAAUGUGAGGAAGGUCUACAGCACUGCCGCGGCGUUCGCUGUGAUUUGCAGAGAUGGAUCAGUGGUGACGUGGGGACAUGAUCAGUAUGGAGGAGAUAGCCGGCUUGUGCAGGAAAAGUUGAAGGAUGUGGCUCACAUUUGUGGAACGUGCGCUGAAGGAUCUGAUUUUGAGGAUUUGAAGCACAAGAUGUGGGGCUUGUGGAUCAAUUGGGUUCCGAACGGCGGUGACAGCUCGGCCCUGGACGGAGGCGACGGCGGCGUCGUGCGUUCGCUGCAGGCGACACAGAAUGCCUUCGCAGCGGUGAAGCAGGACGGUUCGGUGGUCACCUGGGGCCAAAAGUGGGCUGGCGGCGAUUCCCUCAGCGUCCAAGAAGAGCUGAGAGACGUUCGCAGCAUCGCAGCCUCGCGCUACGCCUUUGUGGCCCUGAGAGAAGAUGGGAGACUGGUGACUUGGGGAUCCGUCGAGCAUUCAGAUCAGGAAGCGGUCAGGAAACUGGUCGAUGUGAAGGAGGCUGCCUUACACCAUGAUGGAUCUGUCUCUACUUGGGGCGGGCGAAGUUCUGGGGGAGACAGCAGCGCGGUGAAGGAGCAGCUCGUAGCUGUCCAGGAGUUGCGGGUGCAUGA